GCUAAGAAGCAGCAACACUUACUCUUUCACAAGCUGUACUUCUUUAGUAGAAGUUGUCUAUUUAAACUUGCUCAAGAGCCUUAUUUUAGUAUACUAAGAAUUCUAUCAUUAACUUCAUGAGAAUUUCUUCCCCACUCCAGCACCCAAAAAAAAAAAAAACUUCAAAGUUGAUUAACUAUUAAUUAGUUCUAGUCAUCAUUAAAGAGCUGCAAUAUACAGUUGAGGUACUUUUGAAGCAGCACUAUCUUCAAUGUCUUCUAAAAAAGACAACUGUGAAAAGAACAAGGCAUUAUAUAGUGAGGACUUUCAAGCAAUGUUGGAGAGAUUAGAGGAGGAAGACAAUGCAGAACAUACAAGUGGACAGUUGACGAAAAAGAGUAGGUUAUGCUUUGAAAAAGUGAAGGCUUUGGAGAAGCAUUUCGAGGUGGAAAACAAAUUACAACCUGAGAGAAAAUUGAAGAUAGCUGAGGAAGUAGGGCUUGAGCCAAGACAAGUAGCCAUUUGGUUCCAAAAUCGUCGAGCUCGGUGGCGGGCUAAGCAAUUAGAGAGAGAGUAUGGUGAUCUUCGAGCUAGUUAUGAUGCUCUUAAGCAUGAUUAUGGCUCUCUUGAGCAAGAAAAACUAGCUUUGCUUGCACAGCUUAAGGACUUAAAGGCAGAAAUUGAAGCAAGAAACAAAGAAAUAACAAGUACUACUUUUUCAAUACCAGGAAGCACAUGCACGGUAAAUUCGAGCAAUAAUGUAACAAAUACAAGCAGUAGUGGGAAUAUCCCAUCGUCAGUAAUAACCUCGGCUCCAUCUCCAUGUACGAUGUUUGAUCCAUUUGGUAUGGCGUCGGGUCUGGAUGGCCUUCAGUUAUGCAAAGCUUAUCAAGACCACUUGAUAAAGAUAGAAGAGUUGGGUAUUCAUAGUACUAAUAAUGAUUUAUUAGGCGAUUUCUUCUCAGUUGAUCAAGCUCCCACCUUGCAUUAUUGGUAUAAUAGUGAUCAGUGAAAUUAGUGGUUUACUUUGCUCAUAGGUUAUGUCCAAAUUAGUUAAUACUAUUAGUUUAUUACUCCAUUCGUCCUAUAUUAAUUUAGGUUAAGAGAUAUUUUAUUGUAGUGUAUAUCCUUUAACUUUGUGGUCAAACUAUAGAAAUUUUGACCAUGAUCUUCUUCAAUGUAUAAGAGAUGGUAUUACAAUUGUGUAUGAUAUUGUUAAAUUCACGUAAAUAUAUAUAUUUUCACAAUA